AGUAUACUACAAUAUUAAUAACUCACCAUCACCAUCACCAUCACCAUCGCCACCACCAGUAACCACCACCACCACCACCACCUCCAUUUCCUUCGAUCCCUCUUCCCCCCAAAAAAGGACACCUAACCCUAACCCUAAUCUCCAAUCGUUGAGCAAAAAUGGUGUUGGCUCAGUUAGGAGGGAGCAUAUCGCGUGCUCUUCAGCAGAUGAGCAAUGCGACCAUCAUCGACGAGAAGGUCUUGAACGAAUGCUUGAACGAGAUCACUCGCGCUCUUCUUCAAUCCGAUGUCCAAUUCAAGCUCGUCCGCGACAUGCAGAGCAACAUCAAGAAGAUCGUCAACCUCGACGACCUCGCCGCCGGUCACAACAAGCGCAAGAUCAUCCAGCAAGCUAUAUUUAAUGAACUCUGCAAAAUGCUGGAUCCUGGGAAGCCUUCUUUCACUCCAAAGAAAGGGAAAACAAGUGUUGUUAUGUUUGUAGGUUUACAAGGGUCGGGAAAAACCACAACAUGUACAAAAUAUGCAUACUAUCAUCAGAAAAAGGGCUGGAGGCCUGCCCUUGUGUGUGCAGAUACAUUCAGAGCUGGUGCUUUUGAUCAGCUGAAGCAGAAUGCCACUAAAGCUAAGAUUCCAUUUUACGGAAGCUAUACAGAAUCAGAUCCUGUAAAAAUUGCAGUGGAAGGUGUGGAAACAUUCAAGAAAGAAAAUUGUGAUCUGAUAAUUGUUGACACCAGUGGGCGUCACAAACAAGAAGCUGCUCUUUUUGAAGAAAUGCGUCAAGUUUCAGAAGCAACGAGACCAGAUCUUGUUAUCUUUGUUAUGGAUAGCAGCAUUGGUCAGGCUGCAUUUGACCAAGCUCAAGCUUUCAAGCAAAGUGUUUCAGUUGGAGCUGUAAUUGUUACCAAAAUGGAUGGGCAUGCAAAGGGAGGUGGUGCUCUUAGCGCUGUUGCAGCAACAAAGAGUCCUGUUAUAUUUAUUGGAACUGGAGAGCAUAUGGAUGAGUUUGAAGUUUUUGAUGUUAAACCAUUUGUCAGCCGUCUCUUAGGCAUGGGUGAUUGGUCUGGAUUUAUGGACAAAAUUCAUGAAGUUGUUCCUAUGGAUCAGCAGCCUGAGCUUCUGCAAAAGCUUUCAGAAGGGAACUUUACAUUGAGGAUUAUGUACGAGCAAUUUCAGAAUAUACUUAAAAUGGGUCCAAUUAACCAGGUUUUCUCAAUGCUUCCUGGAUUUAGUGCUGAGUUAAUGCCAAAAGGCCGUGAAAAGGAAAGUUCAGCAAAGAUCAAGCGGUACAUGACCAUGAUGGACUCAAUGACAAAUGAAGAGUUGGAUAGUACAAAUCCAAAGCUCAUGAAUGAAUCUCGUAUGAUGCGGAUAGCACGAGGUUCUGGUCGUCAAGUUAGAGAAGUAAUGGAGAUGUUGGAAGAGUACAAGCGUCUUGCCAAGAUAUGGAGCAAAAUGAAAGGGCUGAAGAUUCCUAAGAAGGGUGAAAUGAGUGCCUUAUCACGAAAUAUGAAUGCACAGCACAUGAGCAAAGUCCUCCCCCCCCAGAUGCUGAAACAGAUUGGUGGCAUGGGAGGCUUACAAAACUUGAUGAAGCAAAUGGGAUCUACAAAAGAUAUGAUGGGAAUGUUUGGAGGUGGAGACAAGUAGAAUUUGCCCAGAGAUCUAUCGAUGACUUCCUGAUCUCAGUUCCAACUGUGGCUGUAAGCAUUGCUUUGUUGGACUGAAAGGCACACAGGUGUCUCUAUGCAGGUUGAUAUGACUGACCGUUCUGCUUUGUGAAAUAUAUUUAUAUUUUUAUAGAAGGGUCACAUGUAGUUUAGUCUCAAGCAUAGUGGGCAUUUUGUUGUAAUAUGAAGAGUCAGCAUUGAAAUUUUCCUUGUAUGUAUUUACUUAAAAAGGUUAGUCACGGAAUUGAAAAGAAUUGAAAUGAUUUUGAGGUGUUGUACUUGUAUGGCAAAUGAUCUUUCUUUU